AUGAGUGUGUUGGCGUUCGUCCUGGCUCUGUUCCUUCGUCGGUGGGUGCUACUGGUAGUCACCGCAGCGGCGGCCUGUCGCUUCUGGUACAAGCUCACCACCGGCGUCUGCACGUCCACUCGCCGCCUUGACGGCAAGACCGUCCUCAUCACUGGGGCCAACACAGAGACGCAGAGCGCGGCCAGCGGGCGCUCGGUAAGUAAGCGUUCCACUGCGAAUUCAUGA